AGCUUUUCGAGUCGACUCGGGCCAGAGGUACUCUUCUUCCCUGCUUUCUACAGAGAGUCAGAAACUGCCGCUAAAGUACACAAAGUGUUUCUCUCCCGUUUCAGCGCCGGUCGAGUAUCCAUCCCCACGCCGAGAAGCGGCGAGCAAUGGACGUUGCCCUGUUCUCUCCCUCGUCACUUUUCGGUGAGGAUGAUGAUCAUGACGAUGAUAAGCUGCAGCAUUCUCCUGGUGUUGGUACUUCGAACAACAGCAAAAGCGUCAUGUUUGUCGAGAGAAGUCACUCUUUCCCUGGGAUGAAUUUACUUGUCCGAGAGUUCUCAUUCCAUCAUUUAAAUGCAAACUUGCUUUGGCCUGGCAGCUUAUCAUUUGCACAAUGGUUGGUUCAGCAUGGUACUUACUUGAAUGGUUGCCGUAUCAUUGAAUUAGGAAGUGGCACUGGAGCGUUGGCUAUCUUUUUGGCAAAAUUGCUUCAAGUGGAUAUCACAACUUCAGAUUUUGAUGAUGGGGACAUUGAAGAAAAUAUCGCCCAUAACUGUAGAGCUAAUGGUCUUCCUGUACUGCCACAUAUAAGACAUUCAUGGGGUGAUAGAUUUCCCUGUGAAGAGCCAAACUGGAACUUGAUCAUUGCGAAUGACAUACUACUUUAUGUAAAGCAAUACCCCAAUUUGGUAAAGACGCUAUCAUUUCUUCUUAAAUCGUACAAGCCAAAGGAUGACAAAUCUUCAGGUACGGAAGUCCAACUGCCAAAGCCAUCAUUCUUGAUGAGUUGGAAACGCAGGAUUGGGAGGGAAGAUGAGUCAUUAUUUUUUUCAUGCUGUGAAGCUUGUGGGUUAAAGGUAGAGCACCUUGGUUCUCGCAUUUAUUGCAUUAACCUCACCUGUUAAAUUGAGCUGAGUAUACAUCCAGAAAGUAACUGUUGAACGUCAAACCAGCUAUGGGGACUACACAAUUGAAAGUGACUUGUGUUUGAAACAUCAUAUGUGCAGUCAGUUUUGUUAUUAUGGAAAAGAUGUAUACAAAUAUGAACCUGUUUAAUCAA